AUGGGAUCCACGGCAGAAACUGAUGUAGCCAUUAUGGAAACGAGAGAGGCUUCGCCCGCUCAUUUGUUGAUCAAAAUUCAAUCUUUUUCCUUGCUUGAGAAGCAUGGGAUCAAGAAAUUCGACACGACCAAAUUUGAGUCUGGAGGAUACAAGUGGAAGCUUAUAAUUUACCCAAAUGGAAGGGAAAGAGAGGAAGGAUACGUGUCGGUAUACCUAGCCAUUGUGGAUUAUGGUGGCUUUCCCGCAGGCUGGGAGGUUAAUGGCGUCUUCUCCAUCUUCUUGUUUAAUCAGAUUACAGGCAAUUAUAGCUAUUCACCAGGAAGAAGUCGGCGUUUUACUGCAAUGAAGACAGAAUGGGGCUUCUCUAAGUUCAUAUCAACAGUAGAGCUUAGUGAUCCUCACAAUGGAUACCUCAGCCACGAUGACAGUUGUGUGUUUGGUGCUGAAGCUUAUGUGAAAGAAAACAAAGCAGUCAUUGAUUGCCUGACUCUCAAGAAUGUUGUUGGUGCUCCCUAUAAGCAAGAAUGGAAAAUUCCGAGCUUUUCUAAACUGGGGAGUGAAUGGGUUUCACCAGAGUUCUCUUUCGGAGGCCAUAAAUGGAGUAUUGAGUUGCAUACAAAUGGAUAUGGAGAAGCUAGGGGACGCUUCUUAUCUAUCUUCUUAAACUAUAUUCCUAAGAAUUGUAACAAUGAACGAUUGCACACACGCCUUACAAUCCUCAUAAAGAAUCAGCUUAGCAGUAAACACAAAAGGAGAGUUG